AUGGCUCUUCUUUUACUUUUCGCGAUUGUUCCCAUUUGUACGGGUAAAUGGGUUGUAGUGGGGAACGGCGGCGGUGGCCAUGGGGGUGGUGGAGGUCAUGGAGGUUACGGAGGUCACGGGGGUUACGGUGGAGGUCACGGAGGCGGAGGUCACGGGGGCGGAGGUCACGGAUUGGUCGGGUUUUACGUUGCACAAGCCGGUGGUGCUGGAGGUGGAGGUCAUGGAGGUCACGGAGGAGGGGGUCAAGGAGGUCACGGAGGUGGCGGUCAAGGUGGUGGUGGCGGCGGCGGUGGCUCUGGAGGCGGAGGAAGCGGCGGCGGUGGCCAGGCUGGCGGCUCCGGGGGCGGCCAGGGAGGUCAAGGAGGCGGGAAAGGCGGAGCCGGUGGUGCUGGCGGCGGUGGUGGGCACGGCGGGGGAGCCGGCCUGACUGGCCUCAACAAUGGCGGGUUCGGUAAUGGAAAAGUUUUCCUUGCACCAGUCUACGGUGCCUUCGGCAAUAAAGGUUUUGGCGGACACUACGGAGGAGGGGGUGAUGAUGACAGCGAUGACGAUGGCGACGACUACGGCUCUCAAGAAGAUGAUGGAGAUGAUGAAGGAGACGAAGAUUGUUAUUACGGUUAUGGAAAAGACGGGGAAGGGGGACACGGUGGUAACGGCUAUGGAGGUCAUGACGAUUAUUAUGGCGGCGGUCAUGGAGGUGGGAAAGGUGGCUACGGAGGUGGCUACGGAGACGGCUACGAAUACGAUUACCACAUGGAUGGCCAUGGUGCUGGCGGGGACAAGUAA